GCCAGAUCCCUCUCCAAGCCUUGGACUUUCUAGACGACCUUGGAUCUGUUUUUGGCUCGGCAGGUGGAAGAUGGCGACAUAAAAGAUGUCGGUACGGAAGACCGUUUCCUGUUUGACGCAGAUCUGUCUAUUUCCAUUCGUAUAUGCUUUCCAGGACGGGGUGAAUACGACGUUGCUCCACGAGCACGGUCUGCACGUUACUACAACGCUGCACUCCACGCAGUGAUCGUCGGUUCUUUGCCAGCAUGAGACGACCUCUCCUCCGCUUUGCUGCAGCUGCAGCUCUGCUCAGCGUCGGCUCUGCGGGCUCAGCCUGCUGGCCGGGAAAUCCCUGUCCAGCGAGCACCCCAUGUUGCUCCCAGUACGGCCAAUGCGGAGUCGGCGCAUACUGCCUCGGAGGCUGCGAUCCUCAGUCUUCCUACGAUCUACAAUCAUGUACAGCGAAGCCCGUGUGCAAGAGCGAGAACUACAAGUUGACGUCUCUCGACGACGUCGUUUCGAACACGGAAUAUCUGGGCGAUGCGAGUACUGCCAAUUGGGUCAGCAGUGGCACAGUAGUGCCAUACGCAGGGGACAGCUUGCUUCUUACGCUGGCGCAGGGGACCGUGGGGACGUUGCUGAUGAGUACGCAUUACGUUUGGUACGGCAAGAUCAGCGCUACAAUGAGCACCAGCCAGGGACAAGGCGUUGUCACGGCGUUCAUCCUGAUGAGCGAUGUCAAGGAUGAGAUCGACUGGGAGUUUGUCGGGGCGGAUGUGGACAUCGCUCAGAGCAAUUUCUACUGGCAAGGCGUCACGGAAUAUACCAAUGGAUUCAACAUCUCUACCACCGACACCUGGCAGAAUUCGCAUACGUAUACCUUUGAUUGGCAGCCGGACUACAUGAGCUGGGCGAUCGAUGGCGUGGUGGGUCGCACCGUCUACAAGAACGAGACAUUCAACACAACAGACAACAAGUAUCACUACCCGCAGACGCCGGCACGCGUGCAGCUUUCUCUGUGGCCAGCGGGUCUGCCUACCAAUGGGCAGGGCACGAUCGACUGGGCGGGCGGUCUCAUCGAUUGGAGCAGCCCGUACAUGCAGAACGGGUAUUACUAUGCCGUGGUGGAAGAGGUAUCUGUGGAAUGCUACAGUCCGCCAUCGAGUGUCGAGCAGAAUGGCAAUCAGGCCUACUACUACACCAACUCCGAGGGGCUGCAGAGCGACGUGGCAAUCGGAAACAACAAGACCAUCCUCGGCUCUCUCUUCGCUUCAGGCGAUGACCCGGACUACAAUCCCGACAAGACCGCGUCUGGUGCUCAAGCAACCCAGCAGACGGUGCCUGGACUGAAUGGCAUCGGCAACCAAGGACUGCAAGGCCAAACUGGGGCGGAAUCUGCUGCCGCGCCCUCGGCCUCUUCAGAUUUCGUGCAGGGAAAUGAGAGCUCUAGUAAAGCCUCGACGGUGGUGGCUGGCAGUAUCGUUGCCUUGCUGGGUUUCGUCGCUGCUGCCUUGAUGUUGUGAUGGCAUGAGUGUCAAAUUGGUUGUGUGCAUAGCGGGGGCGCAUGGGAGCAUGGACGGUGAUUUUUGAAAGACUCAUAAAUUGAAUGUCGAUGAAAUCGCGAAACAGAAAGGCGUUCACGAAAGUGCAAGAGGGCUUCUCAUCACCAAACUUUCCCAAUCGGGUAAUCUCGCGCCAAGACUUCCGAAUUCCGCUCCGCACUUUUCACCUUCGAACUUUUACCGCACACGACU